AGUGAGAGAAGUGAGGGACUGGGAGUGUUGUGUGAAAAGAGUGCAGGCCAACGAGCGAGACAAAAGAGGCUGCGGCUGCAUUGAAUGUGCCGGUGGUGUGUCCGUCUCCGAAGCCACAAGCAAAACCACAUUCUCCCCCCCCUUCUCUCCUCUCUGGCCUUUAUGCUACAGACGGCGAAGAGAUAUCGGAGAGGGAAACCAAUUGCGAUAUUGUAAUUUUGCUGGAAGCGCGAAGUUGGAGGACUUGGAAGGAAAAGCUUGGACCCGGGUGUUUCUCCUCUCCUCUCCCCCGUCCUUACUACACGACGAGUGCGGUGCGGUUUCAGGGUUGGAGAUAUAACCCAGAACAAAGGAGUCUUGAAGCGAGGAAUGAGCGAGCCGAGACUAGCUCUGCCUUUACCUUUGAAACCGGGCCAAAUGCCUCUCUGAGACCAACAAUAGUACAUCGGCUGCUCGCAUUUCUCGACGAAGCUUUCCGCCCCAAAAGGUAGAAAGAAGAAGGACAAAAAACCAACGCACACGGAGACACACACACACACACAAGUCGGCGGCUACAAUGUUUCCUCAAAACCGACCACCGGCACCUCUGCAGCCACCCCCGGGGUCCUCUGCCUCAGUGGUGGCAGCCGCAGCAGCAGCCGCGGCGGCAUCGGGGACGCCCCAGUCACUGAAACUUACCUACCCAGAAACGUUGGACCGCAUCAAGGAGGAAUUUCAGUUCCUCCAGACUCAAUACCACAGCCCCUCUAACCCCUGUGGCUACUGCUGCUUCCCUCACCAGCAACAGGUGGUCCAGGCUAUGGAGCGCGCCAAACAGGUGACCAUGGGGGAGCUAAAUGCUUCGAUAGGGGUACGUGGGCUCCCCCCUCUGCCUCAUAGCCAACAGCUCCAGGCCCAGCACCUCUCCCAGCAUGCCCAGGGUUUGCCAAUGGGCCCACACCCAUCAGGACUGCCCCACCCCGGCUUGGCGCUCGGCGGAGGUUCCGGCCUGCUGGCCCUGUCCGGGGCUCUCGGGGCCCAGCUGGCUGCCAAGGAUGAGAGAGCACACCUAGAGGCAGCAGCCGCUGCCGCCGCUGCCGCAGAACACCACAGAGACCGUGAAGCAGGACCAAGCUCUCUGUCCAAUGGGGAUAAGGGUCGCCCAGCAGACUACCUCAGCAACGGCAAGAAGAGGAAAGCUGAUGAGAAGGAGUUCAUGACAGACUAUGGCAGCGAUGCGGAUAAGAGCGAUGAUAAUUUGGUUGUGGAUGAGGACCCGUCAUCCCCCCGCAGUGUGCAGUCCUACUCAUCCAGGGAGAACGGCCUGGACAAGAUGCCCCCGUCCCGUAAGGAAGGCCCCCCUCAGGCCAGCCCCACCUCCCUGGCCUCCUCCAGCAGCGCCGCCUCCCCGUCUCGUGGCAAAGAGCCCCCACAGGGACACAUGGUGGCCAGCAGGGCAGCAGCAGCAGCAGCAGCUGCCGCGGGCUACGGACGGUCCCCCGUGGUGGGCUAUGAGUCUCCACACCCACAUAUGAGGGUCCCUGGGCUGCCUGCCAGCCUGCAGUCAGCCGCCUCCGGAAAACCCGCCUACUCGUUUCACGUGAGCGCAGACGGCCAGAUGCAGCCGGUGCCCUUUCCCCCAGACGCCCUGCUGGGCCCGGGAAUCCCUCGCCACGCCCGUCAGAUUCACACCCUGAACCACGGAGAGGUGGUGUGCGCCGUCACCAUCAGCACCUCGACGCGCCACGUCUACACCGGAGGCAAGGGCUGCGUCAAAGUGUGGGACAUCAGCCAGCCAGGAAGCAAGAGCCCCAUGGCCCAGCUGGACUGUCUGAACAGGGAUAACUACAUCCGCUCCUGCAAGCUGCUCUCCGACGGGCGAACCUUGAUUGUCGGCGGGGAGGCCAGCACGCUGUCGAUCUGGGAUUUGGCCACACCCACUCCUCGCAUCAAGGCAGAGCUGACGUCGUCUGCCCCCGCCUGCUACGCCCUGGCCAUCUCCCCUGACAACAAGGUCUGCUUCUCCUGCUGCAGCGAUGGCAACAUCGUCGUCUGGGACCUUCACAAUCAGACGCUGAUCUUCUCUCUGGGCUACUGUCCGACAGGCGAGUGGCUGGCUGUGGGAAUGGAGAGCAGUAACGUGGAAGUCCUGCACGUCUCCAAACCUGACAAGUACCAGCUGCACCUUCACGAGAGCUGCGUUCUUUCUCUCAAGUUCGCCUACUGCGGUAAAUGGUUUGUGAGCACAGGCAAAGAUAACCUCCUGAAUGCGUGGCGGACACCUUAUGGAUCCAGCAUAUUCCAGUCUAAGGAGUCUUCGUCGGUUCUCAGCUGUGAUAUCUCCCCCGACGACCAGUUCAUCGUCACCGGCUCCGGGGACAAGAAGGCCACAGUCUACGAAGUCAUCUACUGAACUCUGAUUGGCUGGGGGGAAAAAAACUAAUAAUCAGGGGGCGGGUCCAAGGCUCCCUCCUGCACCAAUGACUGUACAGAGCGUCGGUGGCAUGGAAAACAAGAGACACUCAACUCCUACUUUGUUGUUUUGUUUACGUUUGUGAAAGAAAUAAGAGAGAAAGAGAAGCAAGGGGGCACAAAGUCACAUCUCUGGAAAAAAAACAAACUUUGAACUUUGUUUAAUGCUCUGAGAACGCUGGUUAGUCUAUAGCUGCGCAAUUGUGGAUUCCUCCAAAGAACUUUUGUUUAUGUUCCUUUUUUUUCCCUUUUUUAACAAAAUAAAACCUCUGUAGUGAACAAGAAAUUAGCAAAAAAAACUUAUUUUUUUAGCCUUUGAAUUUUUCGCAAACAGUUGGCCGGCAUCAAGUGGAAAAAGACAGAGAUGUGGGACUGAGGAAGUGUGGAAAGGUGGGGCUGGAAACUCUUAAUGGAAAAAUACGGUCCAUAUUCUGUGCUGUGUUUAAAAAAAAAUAAAUAAAAAAAAAAAAGGAAAAAAGGUCCCAGUCUGGGUCAGCUUGGCCCGGUUUGGCCUGGUCCAGUCCAGCUCAGUCUGCAGCACGUGGCUGCUCCUCGGGGCAGCAGAUGCAUGGCAGAUGGCAGGAUGGUGUGCUGUGAAGUUCCAGCUUUUUUUCUUUCUCCUGGUUAAGUUUCAGCAGCAACAUGAUUGUAUCAUCUCCAGUACAUACAUGACAGAACAGUGUCUUUGUUCCUUUUCAUUAGAGUUUUGUUUUCUUUAUAAAAGAACAAAGCCAGGCUUAUUCUGGAAAUGUUUUUUGGGAAACCAGCCUGGAACAGAAAACCACAACCCAGAGGACAGAAAACUGAAGGCGUUUCUAACAGCUCACAACAGGUACUCUCCAAGUUUCGGGGAUGUGGCCUCUGCUACAUUGUCAUCCUCAACAUUAAAUGUUUUUUUUUCUAUUGUAUUUGUUAGGGCACAUAUAGGCAGACAGGUAUUUUCACAACUGCAUCAUAAACCUUGAACCUUGCUAUAUAUGGACAUGUAAAUAAAGUUCUCUAAAGGCAAA